AUGGCGGGACUUUCACAAGAAGAUCGCAUCAUUAUCAAGAACCAUCCUCUAACCAACUUGGUUAACCGUUUACAAGACGCGCUUCAGGAAGCUGAAAGAAUAUAUGAGUCGCGUCUAAUUUCCUACAAUGGCGCUGUUGAUAGCCUUGACCCACUCUAUCGAAAUGUGAUUUCCGAACUCGUCUAUACUUUGCAGGGAGAGGGUGCAGCCUACAGCCUUCCAUCGCGGUUAAAUGAUGGGGACGUGGCGUCUGAUCUAGCACAAUUAUUCAAGCGCCUCCGAAAGGCAAAAGGAAAUUUCAGGUACGACGACUACCAUCCGCUGGUGCACCUGGUUAUUCAAAGGCCUCCCACUGAAUCCCAGAAUGCUGAACCCUGGAACUUCGAUGUCUGGAAAGCUGUAUUUAACCUCAUUGACAACAUCCCUCGAUCAACUCCUCCGACGAGCAUCCCACCCUCCUAUGACAGCACGCCAGUCAAAUCCACCUCAUCAUCGCAGAAAGGCUCCGAGCAGACGCGCGGAACGGCAAGUCGACCUUCUUUUGCGAGCUAG